AUGUGGCGAGCCCGUGCCAAAUGUUUGCGUUCACAAGGUCAUGCAGUGGCCUCGUCAGGGUCCAGCAAUGCUGACUUCGCUUCGAGCCUGCUUGAUCGUUUGGGGGGAGGCCGCGAAAGUGCAAUAAGCGCUGUUCAACAAGCCCAAGCUGUUGUGAAGGAGGCAGGGGAAGCAAAUUGCCAUCCUGUGACCAACCGCAUAGCCAAGAUCGCCCGUGUCAAUGAGAAAGUUCACCAUCGGGAUCUUUUCAGAUUCAUUCGCUUGCCUUUGGACACAGUUUGGGUGGAGUGCCCAGUCUGCGAUGCUGGAUCUGACCCUGCGUUUCAAGCUGUGUAUGAGCAACCUCUUCCAAUGUACGACCCACAUGAGAUGUUGGACUACUUGUACUCCACUGGUCGCAUUUGGGUCUCCGAUGAUGAAAUUCAGAGAUACUGGCAUCAUUGGACUACCGUGGCUGAUGCUGAUUGGGCGCGUCGUCACCCAGGUAAGGGUUGUUUUCCUAUGUGUAUUUAUGGGGAUGAAGCAAGAUACAACCUGACCUACGGCGACAAAUUCAUAGCCUUAACCCUUGGAUCACCCUUGGUGCAAAAAGCAGGUUCAAAUGGUGAGCACUUUUUGUUCUUCAUAGUAUCAUCGGCCAUAGCAGUGGGAGUCUAUGGAGUCGACACUAUGAGACCUAUCCUCAAAAGAGCUGCGUGGAGCUUGAAGUUGGCAUUGCAGGGGAGGCGCCCGCAGGCAAACAUAGCUUCUUCUGAAGGGUUUGAACUCACCCGACGGGAAAAACUUUCUGCUGGCAGUACUAUGUCCACCAAGUUUGCAGUCACCGAGUUCAAGGGCGAUUGGGCAUGGCACAAAUUCUUUUUUGAAAUCGAGCCUUACUGGAAGCGCGGGGACAUUUGUUAUCGUUGCCACGCUGCCCGGAUAUCCAGGUUUGGCCAUCUAUUCACAGACUUUGCAAUGGAUUGGAGCCAACUUGCUCGAAGCACCCAUGAUUUCCUCACGAACUGCAUUCCUGCACAGCAGAACCACCUGGUCAACAUCCCUGGGUUUCAUGUUGAUAUGCUGAGACAUUGCUCCAUGCAUGUCUGCAACCUUGGUCUAUUUCAUGUGUUGAAUGCUGAAGGGCUGACAAUUCUUGCAGAACACCGUGCUUCGAGAUGGGGCUGCACCUUUCGAGAGUCUUUAGACCACCUCUAUGCAGAGUUUCGACAGUUUUGCACCAGGAACAAAAUCAAAUGCUCGCAAAGGAGGUUCAAACUUCACAGUGUUUCAGCCAAAGGACUACCUGAAUACAUCGUUUUGAUCACAAAGGCUUUCAACGCUAGAGUGAUUCUGGGCUAUGUAGCCGAUGCUUUGAGCAAGGCACGGGAUGAGUUGAUGCGCCAACGGCCCAUGGAAAGUCACAACACGUUUGUGAAUCGAAAGCAGCUGUGGUCUAUUGGACUUGCAACAGUGUGUACCUUUGCGGAGUGGCAACGCUUGACGGAACUUUUCCCUAUCAUGUACCUGACUAGCUCCCAGAGCCAACAGCUUCACGAUCUUGCGCUACAGGGCUGUCACUUUUGGCUUGCGGCUGCAUGGGAAGCGAGCCACCAAGGCCUCCUAAGAUGGUUGGUACUUCCCAAAUUGCAUUUGUACAACCACAUGGCUUUGGAUUGCAAACGGUGGAAGUGCAACGUGCGUUCUUACCACUGUUUCAGUGGAGAGGAUUACAUGGGGUAUUUGAAGAAAGUAGUCCAAUCAACUUCCACUGGGGUGAAGAUGGAAGAAAGGGCCCUAAAACGGUCUCUUUUGAAGGUUGUGGCAACAGCCCCAGCUGAAAUCUCGAACCUCUCAGCUCGCAGAUGA